AUGGUGUGGAAAAGGGAAGAUCUGAAUGAGCAGUAUUACAAGAGGAAGAGAAUGAUGACGAUGAUGAUGAUGAUGAUUUUGGUGAUGAGUUUGGGUCAGUUGUUGUAUACAUGCCAAGCACAUAAGCCAUUAAUGGCAUCGGCAUUGUACGUGUUCGGAGAUUCAUUGCUCGACAGUGGGAAUAACAAUCUUUUGCCUACUCUUGCCAAAGCCAAUUACGAGCCUUAUGGUUUCAAUUUCAAAGAUGGUUUCAUUGUUGGUCCUACCGGAAGGUACACCAAUGGUAGAACAGUCGCCGAUUUCAUAGCUGAAUAUCUUGAGUUACCAUAUGCUCCUCCAUACCUAAGUAUAAGGGGAUCGGCCGCUCUUACUGGAUUAAAUUAUGCAUCUGGCUCUUGUGGGAUUCUUCCCGAAACUGGCAGUCAAUAUGGGGAAUGCUUGAAUCUCAAUGAUCAGAUCGAUCUGUUUCAAACCACAAUAGAUACAGAGUUGAAAAGAAAAUUCAAUAAAAGCCAGGAUGACGACUUAUCAGAGUACCUCUCAAAAUCCAUAUUUAUAUUCUCCAUUGGCAACAAUGAUUACAUAAACAAUUAUCUUAACGAUUCAAAUUAUAAAUGUGCCACCAAGUGGAAAAACUAUUCUCCUCAAACAUUUGCUCAACUUCUGGUGAAUUCAUUGGCUCAGCAAUCUGAGAGGCUGUAUAGAUUGGGAGCUCGAAAGGUAAUAGUGUUCGAACUGGGUCCCAUUGGGUGCAUCCCAUCCAUAACAAGAAAAAGUAAAGAGCAGGGCACCAAAUGCGUGGAAGAGAUUAAUGAAAUGGUCAGAAUGUUCAACCAAAGGCUUGGUGUAAUGCUUCGAAAUCUAACCUCAUCUCUUCAAGGCUCCAACUUCGUUCUUGGUCGAGUUCAUUCUCUAGGCUACGAUGCAAUAAAAAAUCCUUCCAAAUAUGGGUUGGUGGAUACAAGCAGUGCAUGUUGUGAGGCUUGGUUCAAUGGGACAUCUGGGUGCAUUCCUUUGCUGCAGCCAUGCAAACAAAUCAGUAGUCACUACUUUUGGGACGCUUUCCAUGUUACUGAGACUCUUUGUUCAGUCAUAGCUAAUCGGUGUUUUACAGACUCCUCUUUCUGCUCUCCAACUAUUAAGGAACUUGUACAAAUUUGA